GCGCCAGAUGUAUCAUGGAAGAGAAAUGUGGUGAGAAACAUCAACAAUGUGAAUAAACCCUGACGUUGCCCACUUCUGGAUUUCAACGAACGCCCACGCUAUCGGUGAGGUGUGUCGGAGAGUGAGCUCGAGGGUCGAAGCCUGAGCUCGUGUCGUCUGAGACAGCGUGGGUGUGGCGAGGCCGUCCUCGCUCGGGCAGAAGCCGUAUGCUAGAUCAUGGGCGCGGAGCCGGACGCGCUCGCGGUGGCCCAGCAGCUCCGGGAGCUGGCUGCUGACCCUCUGAAUCGGCGCGCGAUCGUGGAGGACCGCGGCUGCCUACCGGGACUCAUCCUCUUGCUGGACAACAGCAACCCUCAGGUGGUCUACACCGCGCUACAGGCGCUGAGGUUCCUAGCCGAGUGCCGCUCUAACCGGGAGAAGAUGAGGACUGAGCUGGGGAUGAUGCUCAGCCUUCAGAAUGUCACACACAAGGUGGGCAGUCCUGGUGAGACGUGUGUGUUGGCUGCAGAGGUACUGGAGCGACUCAGGGCGGUGUGUGAGGAGGAGGAAGAAGGGGCGGAGCUUCCCUACAGCUGCCGACGCCCACGCUUCUUCCUGGGCAACGCCAACAAGCGCGCCAAGACACUCACACUCCACAUCCACGGCCUCGACGACACGAGCCGUAGGAGUGUGUGUGAGGAGGCACUCCUGAAGGUCAGAGGGGUCAUCAGCUUCACAUUCCAAAUGGAGCUCAAGAGAUGCAUCAUCCGCAUCAGAUCUGACCUCACAGCAGAGACUCUAGGUGCAGCCAUCUCUUCCACUGGAGUCCUGACUGCUCAACAGGUGGUGAAGAGGGAGGAUGGUUCAGAGGUGCUGAUCCCCUGCGUGGCAGACGAGUGUGUGUGUGCAGUCCAGGGUGUGUGUCUGCCGGAGUACCUGCCGGAGGAUGAGAGUCCGGCGGUGGAGGCGGCCCGCGCCGUCAGCGGAAAACCCACCAAUCAGGAGGCAGCAGGAUGGGUCAACACCGCCACCAACUUCCUGUCCCGCUCUUUCUACUGGUGACCACUUCCUGUUUGGGUUAUUCUACAGUGGACAACUUUUUUCUCCACCUCUAUACUGAUGACCACUUCCUCUUCUGCCUCUAUACUGAUGACCACUUCCUCUUCCGCCUCUAUACUGAUGAUCACCUGUUUACCUUUCUACUGCGACGCAUUCUAGUUUUUGAAGACUGCACUUCCUGUCUGUUGUGUCACACACACACACACUCUUAGACUGAUCUGUACUAAAGUAUGUCACACAUACACACACACACACACACUCUUAGACUGAUCUGGACCAAAGUAUGUCACACACAC